AUGGACGCAAAUGUCUCGAUCUGUCAAGCCUCGGACUUCAUCGACACGUAUCUACCAAACAUCACUGUGCACGAUUUCGUCUUGUCAGAUCUGCGCGAACAAAAUGUUCUGGUGCCUCGGAGUAGUUCACUGAGCCAACACCCGUCAGCCUCAGAGAAACGUCCACCGUAUGCCCAUACCUUUAGGGCUUUCAAAGGCUUGUUCCGAAAGGUUCCCCCGGAACCAACUCGGGUUCUGAGGGCGUUGCAGGCAGUAGAGAAUGUGGUUCACAAAAGUUUGAGAACGGCCGAAGGAACGCACCUCAACAAUUACUCCAUCCGUACCGAGAAGGUGGAAGGCGGUAUCCUUGACACCUGCUUUACCAACGAUAAUCAUGAUGACAAUGAUACCUCUUCCACCGAGAUCGUGAUUCCUCUCCGUAUCAACCUUCCGGACCCCCUCCCAGAGUUCUUCCGUGUGAUAAACGAGGACGCUCGCCGAAGGCAUCUCUACGCAAUCACCAUUGAAGGUGCUGAUUUGUCGCUAUGGUAUCUAUCUCGAUCAGAAUGCGUUAAGUCUACUCCGUUCAACAUGGUAGAGCGCGCCGACCUCCUCAUCCAGGCGUUCAUCUCGCUGAUGUCAGCCACGGAUGAGAAACUCGGUUAUGAUCCUUUGGUCACCCUGCUCCCAGACCUUACCUACGUCUACGAACUGCCACCGGAUGAGGGCAGGAAAGACCCCCACUACUACCAAACCAUCGAGCUCAUUUCCGAAUUCCACUCCGACGAUCCUGUCGGACGCAGCGCGCGAGUUUGGAAGGUGAAGCAGGUGGUCUCCCCCACUGAUCUGAAUCGCAUUCCCGAGACUUCCGACAGAAUCCUCAAAGACGUUUCCCUCGAUGCACGCAUGAAACCCGAGGUGGUUAUUCAGCGACAGCUCUUCGCUGAUAUCGCUGCUUUCGGGAAACGUCCUGACUGGCGUUCCGCGGACGUUCUGAAGGAUAUGCGGCAAGAAGAUAUAGGUGCGCUUGUGGAUGCUUUGGACGGGGAAAACUUCAAGAAAUAUUUCUCCUGCAUCAUCGCAAGUCACGUCGGCAAGCCUUACUCCUGUACGGCUCGAUCCCAAUCCCAAAGUCUGCCUUUUGGUGAUGGCCCGAGCCCAACCUACGUACCAAAGCGUCAGUGCUUCUACCUCUACGAAUUCAUUUGCACGCCCCUCUACGAUAUCCCUGCACUUGGAGAAGCAAUCGAUGUCCUCAGACAGUGUCUCACAGCAAUGCGACUCAUGUACUGCGCUGGGUGGAUCCACCGUGACAUCAGUGUGGGGAAUAUCCUCGCCAUUCGGUCUGGCCCAGAAGCGCCUUGGGAAAUGAAGCUAUCCGACCUUGAAUUCGCCAGAAAAUUCCUGGACCCAGAGAUUCCGAAAGACGAGAAGCCAAUCGGAACUCCCUUUUUCAUGGCCUGCGAACUCCAGGUCGGAACGCCCAUUCUCCCCGACGAGAUACCUGCUUCCGAUUACGAACUCGACAGCAACCCUGAGUCCGAAGACUGGGAACCAUCUGGCCCAAUACUCCACAACUUCCAACAUGAAAUCGAAUCGAUGUGGUGGAUCAUCCUCUGGCUCCUCACCGCCAGAGUGCGUGGUAGUACCUGGCACGAAUUCAGUAAAGAGUUCUUUCGACACUCGAAUAGCACCUGGUACGGCAGGGCGCGGCGUAUGCUCUUGACCAGCCGAGAUCCCCUCGAUUCGGAAGAGACCUUUCCAAAGGACCUUCCACGAGGUCUGCACGCAAAGCCCCUCAGCUUCAUCCGUUGCCUCCAUGCCUUCAAACUUGACCUAUGGCGGUCGUACACGCUGCGAUUUUCAGCGAAAGGCCAGAAGGACCCAGGCAGCUAUUCGUGGAUUGUGGGCAAGGGUGCCUCAAAGUUCUUCAUUGGAAUCGAGAGAUCUCGUGAGGCGUGGGCUUCAAUCCGUCUGAUCGUCGAGACAGAGGCCAGGCAGGUGGUGCAGGCACCAUUGUCCAAGAAGCGAAAGGCAGAGGUGAUGGACGCUGCUCCAAAUGUGGUUGAACAGCGUGAAGAGAAGCAACCUCGCCGGUCUCGAAAACGAACCUGUGACGAGGUCGAUGACGAGGAAACAGCGCAACGUUGGCCCAACUACUAG